UAUUAAGAUAAAAGUAAAUUUCAGAAAAAUGCGCAACUAGAAAAUGGAUGACAGCAACGAUUUUGAGGAUCCUUUCAGUUAUGUUCCUUUGAAACGGAAGAAAAUCAAAUCAAAGAGUUCAGUAAUUCCACGAAACUCAAAACCAACACAGAAAAAAAAUCCAAAUCCCAAGAAAUCCGCUAAAAAAACGCCGGUUCUCCAGAAGAACAACUUCACCUCUCAAAGCAGGCUAACCCAGACAUCACCCAUAAAACCUGUUACUAAUCCUCGAACUCCAACUAAACAACUAUCUAUGGACUUAUUUACAAACAAGAAAACUAAACCAGUCAGUUCCAAUACAAAAGGUGGAGUAGGAUUAAAAGUGUGUCCUAUAUGCCAGCUUCCACUUGAUCUGUUAGCACCAGAAAUGGGUUCUGAGGUUCACAUUUCUUCAUGUGUCGAGAUAUCCCGUGCCGGUGCUACGCCUUGUCCACAGGGUAUCCUUUGUAGUUGUAGAUCUAUCUAUCAUUAUGUACAGUACAGUCAUGAUGAAUUGGCCCAACAUCGAGAUAUGCACUUUUUAGAACUUCCUACAGUUAUAAUAGAUGCCAGCCAUGCCAACCCUAAAGAAGGAGAGAGGAAUUUAGUUUUGCAAAUAACCAGAGAUACUUCUAAUCUGGACAUCAGCAGGACACCAAGGAGAAGAACAGCUAAGGAGCAAGAUAAGAUCAGGACUGAUUUAGAACAGAUUGCUCCUCCUGUUUCUAAUUCUACUCCUGCCAGACACAGAAGGGUGAUCAGUCCUAUUGAGAAACGAAAAUCUCAGGAAUUAAGUAUUGUUCCUGAAAGUGAUCCUGGAGUUGAUAAUAGACUAGAUAACUCCGAGGACAUACUUCGUGGUGGAGAACCUCAAGAUCAUGUUUCUAUGGAUAAGUCAGGGCCUUCCUUAUUGGGCAGUCAAACUGUUAACAGGUUUCUGAGAGGCCUGGAAAAGUCGUCUACUGUUGAAUCACUUUCCUUGCUUACCAGGUGUAAGAAACUAAUGAGAGAGAGAAAAGAUGAAAUGGUAUCCAGUGAUAAAUCUUCAUUAAACUUAUCCUUUCAUGAUGCAAGCUCUUAUGAUCCUAUCCUUAACGAAAUCAUUAAUGGUGCUAUUGAAAAUGUAGAUCAAGCUGUGACUGAAGAAGAGGCGAAUAAUCCACAGACUGGAAGAUCGGUCGAAAAUCUGCCAGGUUCAAAUACCAGAAAUCCACUAAAUAAUUCUCAUAUGUCAACCACCACUCCUCAUCGACCCCAACCCCCCCAGGUGCGGAACAGAUCCGGAAGUUCAAACAUAAGAUACUCGGAAACAGAAGUCUUGUGCACGGAAAGCCCAUUUGAGAUAAGAGCUGUGAAGGAUAGUGAAGAAUUGGAACUCUCCUUGGAUCUGAAUACUAAAGUAAACUGUAAACAUCUCAAGCUGGUUAUACCGCUGAGAGGUGACCGUGUCCCUGUAGAGGUGACUGCUAAGUAUUCAAACCGAACCUCCCCCGCUAAGCAGGCCAAGAUAACCUCAUACUUCAACAUGAAUAAAAACAAACCAGACUUCGAUAAUUCUCAAUAG